AUGCCUCAAGCUCAGCCAGAGCUAAAGAAGUACCUCGACAAAAGGCUCUUUGUGCAACUGAAUGGAAGUAGGAAGGUGAUUGGCGUGUUGAGAGGCUAUGAUGUUUUCUUGAACAUUGUGCUGGAUGAUGCAGUGGAGGAGAAGGAUGGUGGCGAGAAGGUUCGAUUGGGGAUGGUGGUCAUUCGGGGAAACUCCGUUGUCAUGCUCGAGGCUUUGGAGAGAAUAGGUGGUGGUAGAGAGGACAGAGGUUGA